AGAUGAUGAAAGUAACAAUUUAAGAUGUGAAUCCAUAAUUAGUGAUAAUGAACAGGGAGAUAUGAAUUGUGAAUUAAAUGGAAAGAAAUUAGUUGACAAAUUGUGUUUUCAACAAUUUUGUGGACCAUCAACAUCAGGGUGUUGUUGUACACCAGUCCCUGAAGAAAAAACUAGAAAAUGUAUCAUCCACCUGUCAAUAGACGAAUCGAAGUCACGUAAAACACCUUGGACAAUUGAAGAAUCCAUAGCAUUAUGGCAUGGAGUAAUGCAUGUUCCUGGUACAAAAAGUUGGUCUCAAAUCUGGCAACAAUCAUUUCGACAUAGUAAUCGUAGUCAAAUCAAUUUAAAAGAUCGUUGGCGUAUAAUAGAUAAUAAUAAAACAAUUAAAAAUACAAUUCGACAGGCAUACUGCAAUUGGGCAUCCCAAUUUACAAGUGAUAAACGCAGUCCCGUCCGAUCUAGUCAUCUACCAAUGCCAAUUAUUGUAUACACGUGUCAACAAUCAACUUAACCUUGAUAUUUUUGUUCAUUUGAUCAAAAUCUGCAAUAUAUAUAUAU